GUUACCAGGCACUUAGCCGCACGGACUCAGACGUCCCAGUCAGAGCCAGCAAUGUUGUCCGGUUGGUAGGGAAGCGCGAUUUAACGACGAGUUGUGUUCCGAGUCCUCGCCCACUUGAUACGGCCCCGAGCUCUCGGUGCGGGAGCAGAGCUAUUGUGUGUGUAUGUUGGAUUUUGGCACCGGAUUUGCAGUGCGGAAGUGAAGGAAAUGCAUGAUUGCACGCUGCACGGUGUAGAGUGUUAAGUGGUAAAGUGUAUUAAAGUUGCUAAAAAGUGCUUCAGAAGCCGCAAACGGUGACAACGCGACCGCGGCGGAAAAUCGAAACCUAAUACCCGAAUUUAUCCAUUCAACUUCCCCGCCCCCACCCAACGGGCUCGACGUCGGAAGAAGGUUAGGAUCGUUUGUGAGUAAAUUUAGGUUGCCCACUUUCUUAUCGCAGGCACGUAACGCACAGUUGCCGCGUGUCCUUUAUUUGGAGCGCGAGUCUGAGGACCCGGGGCAUGCCCGGCGGCGCUUCGUCGCGAUAUGAUUGUCCAUUAUUUGCCGCCCCGCUUCUCGGUCUCGGUCCGUCUGUGCUUAAUCUGCAUAAAAGCUUAAUGAAGGAAAAAGGCGAACCAUCGGCUCCAGGAUUCCGGCCCGGUGGGCCAUCUGGGAACGGGCAUGUUUAUUCGGAGCAGCAGUGAAAAGCCGGAGAAGUGAAAAUCGUGCCCAGAAAAGUAACGAUACCCGGUGGGCGAGGAGAGUUGGUGGAAGUAGUGCUGAGUGAAAAGAAGGUGGGAAGAAAGUGCGCACAGAAACAGGAAUCAGCGAGAGUACUAGCAUUGCCUUUGGCUCGGUGUUGGUGGCUGGUAUGUAAAUUUCGCUCCGAAGCAGCCGUCGGCAGUAGUGGCGCGAGAAAACGGAACGCACCGACGAGGGAAAACUUCAGCAGCGCGUUAUUUAAAGCCCCGAUGCUCGAAUGCAUUGACCUCUGCAACAGCAUCAACAGCCACAAAAAGGACGAACCAUCUGGCAGCAGUAACGAACUGGAGAAGUACAAAUUCGAUUGAUUCGAUUGUGCACAAAAGACAAAUUCAACCAGUGAUUGCACUAAAGGACCUCCACUAAGACCUCGGUUGAUGUGUGGUUCUGUAUUUAUGAGACACAGCGCAGCCUCCAAGUGAAGUGAACAAUCGUACCGCCCGUAGUGAAGUGGUCAUGAAAUUAAAUUAAGUAUAUUUUAAGCGAUUGAAGUGCCGUGCGCGUUAAAGAUCGCAAAGACAGGAUGCUGCCGAGCGCUAGCGAACCGGUGGUCCGGGUCGCGCCGUACGGCCACGAGUGCCCAUUAGUGCUCGAAAUGAAGGGGUCCACCACUGUCAAGGGUCGAGGGUGGAGGCCACUUUGCCGGUGAACGAGCAGGCCGUGUACUGCUUUCCAUCUCACACCAACGCGCGCGCGCGCUCUCCAGUUUGCGGUCCCGGAAGGACGAGCAACGAGCCGUCACUGCAGAGCUGCCGAUCCCGGGCCGGUCAAAGACAAAGAGGGAGGGAGGAAAAAAGGAACAACAGAAAGCGGAGCUAAAGGACAAAGACCCCAAAGACGCAAGACAAAAAACACAUUCUGGAAGCGAGCCGUACGAUGGAUUCGAGUGUGAAGAGAGACAACAUUAACGCCAACGGCACAGAACCUGACGUCAUUGGGAAAUAGGCGGAAAAUGGAGUGCAGUGCAAUGCAGAAAAGUGACAAAAUUAGCAACAGCCAAGGAGCGAGUGUGUGUGUGUAGUGACGAGUGAAAAAUAGCCAAAAGGUCGUGAAAAAGGUCCCGGUAACAAACAAAGCAACACAAACCAAGGAGUGGCAUCCUUUUUGCACAAUACGCACAGUACGCGAACCGAGUGUACAUAAAUACACCAGAGAGAGAGAGAGAGAGUGAGAGGGAGUGAGACACCGCAACUGGGACCUUAGGCAAAGUUUUCGGUGAUAAUUUUCUUUCCCUUCCCGUCUGGUGCGCCGGUGGGGAGUUUGCCGCCGACGGCAGGAAACGAUUUGCCAACGGGCACUCGCUAAUGGUGCCUAUGAUGGCGCUGAAGAACAACAGAUCGCGUGGCCGCCGUCGUGAGGCGGGAGUGCGGGGCAACCGGUGUGGCUGUGGCGGCAUCGCCAGCGACUGUAAUCCGUUCAUUUCCACACCAUCGGCCGUAUUUUCGCGAACUUUGCUCGUUACCUUUCUGCUGAUGACGUUCAACGUGAACGUGUGCCAGGUGGUGGAGGCCGCGGCCAGUGCCAGUGCCAGUGCAGCUGCCGGAAUUGAGCGACGACCGAGCGGGGAUCUGCAGCGGCCCGACGGUCUUAAAAUGCAUCACCACGGAAUUGCGUCAGCAGCGUCCCCGGGCUCUCUGCAGCACGCCACCGCCGGCACGUCCACAGCCUCAUCGUCGGGCUCGGCGUCCGCAGCGGCCCUGGUCGCUGGAGGACUCGCGUCACCGUCGUCCUCGCUGACAGGGCCAGCCGAAAAGCCGUACUUUGACGAUGUCAACUCGCGCAACGUUACGACGGUCGUGGACGACACAGCAGUUCUGAAAUGUCGCGUCAAGCACAAGGGCGAUAGAACGGUGUCCUGGAUGCGCAAGCGGGACCUGCACAUAUUGACGUCCAACAUCUACACCUACACCGGCGAUCAGCGCUUCUCCGUAAUCCAUCCGCCCGACUCGGACGACUGGGAUCUGAAAAUUGAGUAUGCACAGCAGAAAGAUAGCGGAAUUUAUGAGUGUCAGGUGAACACGGAGCCGAAAAUAAAUCUCGCCGUUUAUCUGGACGUCACAGAUGAACGAGAGUUUGCCCAAGAUUUCUCCAAGUAUGGUCCAAACACUGGAGGAAAGCACUUUAUCGGUGCCAUUGGACUAGAUUUUCUCUCAACAGCCGCCCGUGCUAAGAUAAUCGGCUCCCAGGAGGUGCACGUGAAGAAGGGCAGCACCAUCUCCCUGUCGUGUGUUGUGAAUGUCCAUGCAUCGUCCAUCUCAUGGUACCAUGGAUCGUCGAUCGUUGACUUUGAUUCGGCCCGCGGUGGCAUCAGCCUCGAGACGGAGAAAACGGAGGGUGGCACCAGCAGUCGGCUAAUGCUAACCAGAGCCACGCUGCGCGACUCGGGCAACUACACCUGCGUCCCGACCGGUGCAAUAUCCGCCAGUGUACAGGUUCACGUGCUGAACGGUGAACAUCCGGCUGCAAUGCAGACCAGCAGUGGCGUACCGUGUCCAACGCACCAGACACUUAUCCUUCUCUUUGUAUCAUUGAAUAGUUGUAAUGUUAGUAAAUUAAUCUUCUUCAUAUCAAACCUGCUCGAGACGAUGCGUUUCCUGCUCACCACAACGAUCGCCCACUUCCUUGUUCAUCUCCGUCGGCUACCAUCCACGCUCGGUGCAGGGCGCACAAAGUCCACCCGCUUCGUACUACUGACACUGGCCACGAUUGGCACUCGGCUGCGAAGAACGGCACUGCAGCAACGGCAGCAUCCCGCAGCAUCCCCCUGCUCGGUGCGCACCCAGUCAAGAUGAUCUUCUUCCCGGCGCGGCGAAACAACAGCAACACCGAGCGAUGGCGGCGACGGCGACGUUCUAUGAAUGCCCGGUGGACUUGGCAACGACGGGCCAGCUGAGAUCUCCGAGACACUGAUUGGAACGCACUCACGUCACGUCACGUCGAGCAGCGUAUGCAAUCAACGUGCGCCCACAAUUCAGCAGUGCAAGCAGCAGCACGUUUCGAGUGAGAAACACUGGCAAAAAAGGUAGGAAAAACUUCUUAAUGCAACGGGAAGAUGCAACCGGUACAUAAGGAUGGAAUCACGCGAACGAAUCAUCAUUCUCCCAGUCAGUGUGUGAGUGAGUGAGUCGCGGAGGUGAACUGUAAAUGUAUAAAUGUUAAGUUUCUACUUCAUAAUAAUAAAAAUAAUAUUUAAAUUUAAUGGCAUGCCCCCUGCAGUGAGGAAGUGGAUGAAGGUGAGGGAGAGGAAAGAGGGGGGCUGGCGAUUAGUAGGAAAGGGAACAGUCUAAAUGGGCGGAAUGACAGUAAACUACACUAUCUGGACACUAUGAUGUACUGGAUUCGAAGAAUCCUAGCGAGUAAGAUAACCUAGAUAAGUUAGUCAAUAUUUCCCCAUUUUCCCACGCGGUAAGAUGCGGCCUGCAAAGAAGAAUAAGAAGAAAAAGCAGGCCAGCAUUUCGUUCCGGGGCCGCGCCGAAUUUAAGACUUAAACCGAAUGGGACACGGGACAAGCCGUACAACCGUUGUAAGAUAGACACAGAUAAGACACAGAUACACGAGUGAAACUGCAACCCAGAUCGAUAAACACACAAAUGCGUAAACAUUUUAGUAAGAAAGAGAAGCAAACAAUACGAAUGAACACCCCCCAACAACAAAAAAAGUGACGAAAAACGAGUUUGUGAAAAUAAUAGAUAUAGAAACAUGGAGUAACAUGGACGAAUUAAAUCAAACGUUGGUAAGAAUGGGGGGCAAAGAAGAGGAAGCAGGGGAGAAAUGUGUAAUUAAACAGUAAACGAACAAAAAAGCCGAAUUUUCUCAAACCCUUUCCACUUCAUUUUAGCAAACACAGCAGAUCGAAUGCUCUGAUCAGUGCUACCUAGAGGCACUGGAAGCACAAUCGAUCGAAGGAGACAGAACAUGUAAGGCUAAUCUAGAUCCCAAUUGUAGGCAAUACAGGAAGUCGGAUAAGUAAAGCAGCAGUAAGUAAGAAAGAGCAAACAAGCAAACUUGCUAACGGUGGCUCUAGCACACGAAAGUGAACAAACAGACACGAAAACAAACGAUCACGAACAAAAACCAAACAACAGACAUACAGAGUUACAAAGAAAAGGGUAAAAAACAGAACAGAAACAAUGAGAAGCAAACCGCAAACUACAAACUGAAAUGGUUUUCUUUUGACAACAUAUUUUAUCCCAUGGAGCAGGAGGAAGCCGAUGCAAAGAAGUAAACGAAGCAAGAACAUAAAUCAAAUAAUCUCUCUGUAUAAAUCAAAACAACAAACAAACCAAAACACAAAUAAAUCUAACAAAAACUACAACAAUCAUCACUUGUGGAGAGUGUGGCCAGUAGCAGAGGGACACUUGUGCAGAAGUGGACAGCUGGACAGUGAGGAAAGAGGAAACAGAGAACACAAACCAUUAUCAUCAUUCGUUAAAUGGCAAACCCGGUUCACGUGUGAUGGUUCAUAAACAUUGAAAAUAAACGACUAAUGCGUAGGAGAAAUUGAAA